AUGAAGCAGCGCUCCGGCGGGGAGGGUGGCGGCAGAAAGGGGUCGCGCGGGGAGACCGGGCACGUCCGUCGGCAGCCACAGGCGAAAGGCACCAAGAAACACAAAAAGCGGGUGUGGGUGAACUUUAAAGAUAAAAGUCAGGGAUGGAAGAACUUCAAAAAAGUUCAAGACGUAAAAGCGCGUGCAGCGUUGUGGAAGAUGCGACGACGGGAAGACCGCGAGGAACCUUUGGGUGGGGGAAGUGGCGACGUAGAACGGACUCUUACGCGACCCAGUGAAGACCCCGAUGCCUUUUUGCAGCAGCUGCUUGAUCCUCUGCAUGCCGUUCGGAAACCGAAACAAACUUCUUCACCGGAUAGAGGAUCGGCGUCGGGAGAGAGACAGGAGGAACAGCCUCGUGGAGAGAACGGCACGAAAAGGAAGGGAGACAAGGCAGCCCGACUGCGCGUGGAGUCGCCUCGUUCCCGGCAUUCCAGCGACGAAGAAGGCGUGGAAGAAAGCGAAGAAGAUGCAGGCACAGACGAGUCCGAAGAACAGAGAGAGAAGAGUGGCGAGGGAGCGCGCUGCCGCCGAAAGAAGCGAGGUUUGAGCAGGGACCAAGGCGAGCAGAGAGACUUUGGCCACGCAGAGGGAAAGAAGAGGCGUUUUGCGUCAGAGUCACUGGAGUCUUCUGAGGACGAAAUGGCCAGUUUCGCUUCCUGGUCGAGUCCCGGGCCCUCGCUCCAUAGAAGCCUCCCGCACAAACACCGGGUUUCCCUGAAAGGGAGUCUUGCCGCUCCAGCCGUCGAAGAAGAGGACGAGGAAGCAGAAGGGAAGGAAGAAAACAGAGAGGAUGUUUCUGCGCAGCCGUCGCGAGCUUCGGCAAACGAGAAGCGAAACGCAAAAGGUCGCGACCGACACGGAAGUUCGUCUGCUGUGUUUUACCCUUUCAAGAAAGCCAUGGAGGAGGCGGCACGGCGGAAAGCCGAACAAGAAGAGAGGCGAAGGAAGGCGGAAGAGGAGCGAGACAAGCGGGAAGAAGAACGGAAAAUUGUGGAAGCGAGGAGAAGAAAGGAGAGAAAAAAGCUUCAAGCGAGAACCAAGAGAGGCCAGCCUAUUAUGGGAAAUGUCAUGCAAGUCCUUCUUGGCAAAAUCAGACGAAGGGAGGGAGUGAAGUCAUAA